AUGGAUUCUAAGACCACUUUCGAUAUCGGUACAUUGAUUACUACAAUCGACUUUGCUGCGAGGAAGCAUGUGAAGCAGAAGAGGAAGGAUUCGGACGCUACCCGAGUGGCCAAGAUUCUCGUCGAUGCGGGAGUAACAGACAUGGCUACACUUCAAGCUGCUAUUCUUCAUGACACUGUUGAGGACACGAACACAACGUUCGAAGAGCUUGAAGAGCAUUUCGGGAAGGAAGUUGAAGAAAUUGUUAAGGAGUGUACUGAUGAUAAGACAUUACCCGGCAGUGUGAGGAAAAGGCUGCAAAUAGAGACGACGCCCCAUAAAUCUGUGAAGGCAAAAUUGGUUAAACUGGCUGACAAAUUGUAUAAUCUGAAAGAUAUACAAAGAUGUGUACCAGUUGGAUGGUCUGUUGAAAUUGCACAAGAAUAUUACACCUGGGCCAAAAAAGUAACAGAUGGUGCAAAAGGGGUCAACGAUGGACUCACAUCUCAACUAGAAGAACUGUACACAACCGGAACGUUCACACACCAUGGCAAGACAUACAAGUGUCAUCCUACUUACACAUAA